CACUCACCACAGGCAAUUUUUACAAGCUUCAAGCUGGAAAAACAUGCCUUGGGAAAUGCGUCUGCUCAGCCAGUAAGUAAUGACAAGCCGGACUUUGAUUUGGGUAGCUCCCAUACCGCCAACGUGGCAAUGCCGGGGACGGGACCAUCAACCGGAAAGCCCUUUAUGGGUGUGUCAAUUCCAGCAACCGACACUACCUCACUGUAUAUGAGCACAGGUGCGUAUCAGGUAGCUACAAGCCCCGCAAUGAAAGGAAACACACUCCUGACAUCCUUUGGUAUUGCGGAGUCUGGAUCCACUGAAGAAUUUUUAAGGGAAUUUGCAUCGACAGUAAAAUUAACUGCGCAGCGAAGCACAGCAUCGACGACGGAGCUAAAAAAAGGCACCGUAAAAGAUCAAACGAAUCAGAGGCGGCGCAGUAAAAAGUGCGCGAAGAGGCUCCAAUACAAAGAUGCUGCAAGGCCGUCAAGCAACUGUGACAACGAAUCGGAUGAAAGUUUUCCUCAAGCCGAAAAAGUCUCAGUCAUUCGCGCUGCUGGUACAUUUUAUCCAACGUCCACUGAAAUACGAGUAUCUGACAAUAACGAGGCGGAAAGCUUUAGCUGCAACCAACAAGCAACUGGUCUUGCUACCUGGCCUUUAAUGGACUCUGAUAAAAAUUAUGUAAGCAAGCUCACACUGGUCGAGAGCAAGGAAUUCCCAGACGAAUUUCUUCCAACAUAUGGCAGUAGUGACGACAUCUGCAUGCCACAAGAUCUAAGUUUACACGCCAAGAAUGAGUUUUCUAUUCGUGAAGUUUGCAAGAACGAAUACUCGAAUAUCCAUACCGCUGCUGGAAUUUGUAGGCAUAAAGCUGACUCCAAUGAAAUAUCAACACAAGAUAACAUCGGCGUUCUCGAAAGCGCAGACGUUGUCAAUCAAUUUAAACACUUCCUAAACCUCUACCAGCUUCAGCUGCAGAAGCUGAAACAGCAUCAACGUAGUCCAGUAUGCAAUAGUAGUCCGACAGCAACGCCGGUAGUUAACAACAUGAUGCCGUACUUAUCCUUUCUGCUGGCAGCAUCCUCUAUCUCCCUACUGCAAUCCCCCCAAUUACAUUGCGCCAACUUUGCAGCUGCCGACGUCGACUACGCUGCCAUCGCAGCGUUAUCAACUGCGUCCGCCCGCGCGGACGUAAAUCAUACACGACAUUCAAAUGAACCAACGUCCACUGACAGAGGAGUUUUGACCAGUGAGGGCUUAUUGCCAACGGCGCUACGGCCCAAAGGCGAACGCAGCACACCCAACGGUUAUAUUAAGUAUCGCUUCAGCGAGGAUUGUGGCUUUGAGAAAUGCGGCUACCGUCAACGACAGUCCCACUUUCAUUGCAGUCGUGUGGACUGCUACUACAGCUUCUGUGACAAGACGCGUUUCGUGCAGCAUACAGCGCGUCAUGACCGUCUCGACACCUUAAUGGGCAACGAUUUUCAACAGUUUCGCGCAAAUAUGCAAUGUGCGUACACAGACUGCGCCUAUCAGCUUAACGCUAAAUCCGUGCCGACAAAGAGCUCGAAAUGCAGUGUUGCAAAAAAGUCGUCCCAUUUUCAUUGCUUGAAGUGCGUCUUUACUUGCUCGGACACCAACAAAGUGGUGGCGCAUCGACGGCACCACAGCAAAGUGGAGUACAUACGUUUGGCAGGCUUUUCCAAAGUGCUUAGUGUGGAAAACUGUUACCACCUCCCGAACGAGGUACGAAGCGGAAGAAACGGCACUGGCCUUACAACGUCGAAGACCGCCCCUGUGGAGUAUUCGCGGACCGGUGACGAGUUUCCGGCCGCGACCAAUUCCUGCGCAUACAACUUGAAACAGACACACUAUCAUUGCCUCUUAUGCGGCUGCGGCAUCUUGUCACGUACGCAACUGGCGGCGCAUAGGCAAAAAUCCUGCAACACCGCACUCAAUAAAACAGCGGCGGUAGCGCAUACAGGGACAGCGGAUGGAGCAACAACCACACCGUGAAUAAUGGCAGCUCCAACUAAUGAUGAGAGUUUGCGCUACGGCCAUUGAACCACCGAGUAAAGGUUAAAUUAGUGGUGACAUACCAUAACGCUAUAGCCAUAACCAUUGCCAUAACCGUAACCGCAUUUUCUUUCAAGCGUUUAUACCUGUGUCAUUACAGCGCACUCGCUGAAACCGUUCACAAAAGUAUGAGGGAUGUCGG